AAAGUCGUUUGUUACAUAUAACAGAUGAAAAUCUAUUAUCAUCUGCCUCGUAAAUUUUCGUGCGUACAGGUUCAGUGAAAUUUCAGCAUCCAAAAUUUAUAGAAAAUUCAACAAGUGCGAAUAUGUCUAACUGCAAGCAGAAGCGAAAUUUUAUGGACGAAAUGUAUGGCAUCAUAAGCGAGAUAGAAAGAUUAAAGCCCGAGCCCGAGAUCUGCAACGUGAGCUGUCCUCCCCUGGGAUGCCCGCGAGGACCAUGUCCCGGGAUGUGUUGCUCGAAAGCAAUUUGCAAUCCUUGCUGCGUGUCGAAUAUGCCGUGCCAUUCAACGCCAUUCUGUCCACCUCGACAUUACAUGCCAUGUCGUUCAAAGCGAUAUUAACGCAGUGCGGCCUGUGAUU